AAAUGUUUCUCUUGUCAGAAGUACCGCGACCGUGAUUAAUACCCAGCGAUCCUUUCAGCGCAUGUACCCAAUUCCACGGUGUGCAUACCCGAUACCCAACUCCUUACCCCCGGUAUCCCCACUACCGUCCCAAGGGUUCAACAUGGCGCCCGCAACACGAUUAUGCCUCCUCCCGCUGCGCCCCGUCGCAUUAGCAGCUCGGGGCAGCAGCACACGAUUCACCACCGCCGCCGCCGCCCGUUCAAUACACGCCAACCCGGCUCAACCAGCCAAGGUGGUUCCGGUAUACGGGACGGGCCCGCCGCCAGAGCCACCUCAACCAAGCGCGGAAUUUGCGGACGAGGUGCGGAACGAGCGGCUGGCGAGGCGGAAGCGCCAGGCCGAGAUGCUACGGCAGGCGGGCGACAUCAAGGCCAUGCGCAAGGAGCACCAGCAGCAACAACAGCACCAGCAGGACCAUGGGGUUGGGGCAACUAAGCCUGCUGGUGUGCUGAAGCGACGGUUCUGGAAGGAUGUGCAUGUGAAGGAGGUUGACGGCUCCCUCGAAAUCCACCUCGACGCCCGCCCGCUCCGCCACCCAACCACCAAGACCAUCAUCCGCCUCCCCCCCACCAAACCCCACCUCGCCCACGCGAUCGCCCUGGAAUGGGACAACCUCACCUCCGCACAACAGGCCACCAAACAGCACCUCAUCCCCCUCACAUCCCUAACCUGCCGCGCCCUCGACAUCGCCGCCUCCGACCUCCCCCCCACAGACACAACCCUCCGCACCGAAAUAACAACCUCCCUCCUCCGCUACCUCGACACCGACUCCCUGCUCUGCCUCGCCCCCCCGCCCACCAACCCGGCCGGCGAACCCGACGGCCCCACCCUCCGCGAAAAACAGGACCAAGCCUACCAAUCCACCGUCUCCUUCCUGACGACCCACGUCUGGCCGGGGCAGCAAAUCGUCCCCGUCCUCGACGGCGCGUCCCUCCUCCCGCGGUCCCAAGCGCCCGGCACGCGCGAGGUGGUGCAGGGGUGGAUCAUGUCGCUGUCGCCCUUCGAGCUGGCGGGCCUGGAGCGGGCGACGCUGGCGGGCAAGAGCCUGGUGGCGGCGGCGCGGCUGGUGGUGGAGUGGAGCGAGGAGGGGGGGCAGGCGCAGGCGAGCGCGGCGGCGGCGGUGAAGGCGGCCGCCGCCGAGGGCCGCGAGCGGUUCGGCGUGGAGGAGGCCGCGAGGGCGGUCAGUCUGGAGGUGGAGUGGCAGACGACGAAAUGGGGGGAGGUCGAGGACACGCAUGACGUGGAGAAGGAGGACCUGAGGCGCCAGCUGGGGAGUGCCGUGCUGCUUGUUUCCGGGACGGGGACGGCGUCUUCCAAGAGCGGCUGAGUCGACCUACCUACCUACUUGUGGGUGUUGAAGUAGAUGUGGGUGACUGUAAUAUAACCAUGUAACUGCGACUUGUGUGCGCGCCUAGCAUGUCUGCAUAUCGCGUAAAAAGAUCCAGGUGUAUUCCCG